GUGGUUGUUGUCGGCGGUGGUUAUGGAGAUGAGAUGGGACUGCGAGCUGUCAACUCUACGGUAAUGUUCGCGUAUCCAUCACAGGGAUGCCUAGGAAGAUAGGAUUCAUUGUGAUCAACUCUUCGAGUCAUGAGGACAACUUCAGUGCCAAGGAGCUCAUGGUCCAUGCGCCCACAGUCAGUGGCUGGAGGUCCAGCAGGCUGUGCUCCUACCCUCAGCACAUCACCCUCCAGCUGGCGGAGAGAAGCAGGGUAAGAAAGCUGCAGCUGCUCGCUCACCAGUAUCUCAUCCCAGCCAAGGUUGAGUUCCACAUUGGAGACACUCUUCCAGAAAGCAGCUCUCCAGGAUUCCCCGGGCAGCUUCGGAGGCUCGGAUACGUGUCUUUGUCAGACAAUGAGAAGACGGGUUUCAAAGCUCGGGAGCUGAAGUCGGUCCACGUGGAUGCCGCUGGAACGUACCUGAGAAUCACCUUCCACAGGAACCACGUCAACCGUUACAAUCACUACGAUCAGGUUGCUUUGGUUGCCAUUAAUGUUCUGGGAGAUUCUUUGGAUGGCAAUGCCUUUAACACAAUCCCAAGCAGAGAGCAGCUGAUCGAACACUACCUCAAUAGUACCCCGCUGGAAGUCGCCUUGGACACGACCUUCAUGGGUAAAUGUGAGUCCAUCUCCCCCUUGGACGACCUGGCAUUCGAUAUGUACCAGGACCCGGAAGUCGCCCACAUCAUCCGCCUCCUGGACCAGAAGAAGCAGGACGUGGUCCGGCAGGAGAAAUACGAGCAGGCCAAGAAUCUGAAGCAGGCCAUCGCUGACCUACAGAAGGUGGGCGAGCGUUUGGCUCGAUAUGAUGUGGAGAAGCGAUGCGCCAUCGAAAAGGAAGAUUAUGACCUGGCCAAGAAGAAGAAAGAGAUGAUGGAGGAGUACAGGAAGAGUGUCUACCAGCAGCUGGAAGUCCACAACCUGCUGGACAUGUCAACGAUCACAGGAGCAGCAGACUCCUCCCCGGCCCAGCAUCCUCCCCCUCAUCUGCCCUCUCCAAAUCACCGUUCAGCCCCCAUCAAGCCCCUUGUGUCCACAGACACGUUCAGGAAGGAGAAAAGAAGUGACACUCUUCAGAAUCAGCUGUCAGCCUCAGAAACAGUCGUGCCCAAACUCAGCAGCCUGCCUGACCCACCUUGCACCCCUGCUGCUGUACCCAAGAUUGAUGUUACCAGACUGCCUUAUGAUGAGAGGCCGCUGCCAGCCCUUCAGAGGAAAGAUCAGCCGGUGGAGGCCGUCCACAGCCCUGCAGAGGAGCACUCCCCUAAAUCUGAUGCGCAAAGGUCUCCACACAGCCCGGAGAUGAGCGGGGAGCCAGAACCCCUGACGGAGAAGGCCCAGAGAGAGGCCGGCCUUCCUAUAGAGGUUUACGGAGAAAGCCUGGUGGCCGGAGCAUAUUCUAAAACCUGGUGCUACAGAGAGGAUGCCCUACAGGCUGUGUGCAAGAAGCUUUCUGAGGUGUCACCCAACACCCCCAAGGAGGAGCUGAGAAACAUGAUAAGAGCCGCAGUUUUCUUAGUCAGGAAGGCCCUCCUGGAUAAAGUCACAUCUGUUUUCCACGCCUCGCUGAAGCUGCUGCGGCUAAUGCUGAGCCAGCUGAUCCCGGGUCUGGGCCUGGGCCGGGCUGAAGUGACCCACUGCUUGGAGCAGACGUGCCCUAACCUGCUGACCAGGACCGGAGACUCUGCCGGCCGCCUUCGAGCUGCAGCCGCUUCCUUCAUACAAGAAAUUGCUGUUUUGAAGGAUGUGCGGGCCCUGCAGAUAAUCCCUGGUGAGCUGGUGAAGCCUUUCAAAUCCAACUUCCCGUCUCGUUUGGCUCAGAGUCGGGCCGAGCUGCUUGAGCGACUGCUGGCUGAGCUGGGUACAGAGAACUCUGGCUUCACCCUGGAAAAUGUUAUGAUGUUCUGCACAGCGGCGUUGGAGCACAGUGCGUCGCCGGUUCGAGAGCUGGCGGUGCGCAUCAUCUUAUCCAUGUACCAGCAGCACAGAGGCGCUGCUCUCAGCUACCUUCCACCCACGGAUGCUGCCACACCAAAGAACUUCCUCUACAAAACCCUCUUUGAUGGCUUUGCCAAGAUCGACGGCAAGCUGGUGGAGACCCAGACUUUGAAGAAGGGCGGUGGUAAGCAGGAUGGGCAGAAGGAGAAGGAGGAGAUCCACUCGCUUCAGGAGCAGCUGGCUGCCUUGAAAGAGAUCACAGAGAGAGGAAAUGAAAGCAUCAAAGGACAAAUGAUCAAAAAAGAACCUCACAAAGUUGACAAGGACUCCCAUAAAGCUUCCAAAGCAACUGUGACAAAAGAACCUUCACCCCAGAGCAAGACGAUGGACGCUGCAGAUGUCCAACAAUCUAUCAAUUAUAUGGACAACUUGUGUAUAUUCUGUGGUAAAAAGGACGAGUCGUUCACAGAGGACGGGUUGGACCUUCACUACUGGAAACACUGCCCGAUGCUGCGGCGCUGUGACGAAUGCAGACAGGUAGUCGAGAUAGCCAGCCUCACCGAGCACCUCCUGGGCGAGUGUGAGAACAGGUCCAGCUUCAGCCAGUGCCCACACUGCUCCGAGGCCGUGGCCACCGAGGAUAUGACCUGCCAUGUUCAGGGUCCCACCUGCAACCCCUCCACAUCGGGUAAAGGCUCCAACCACUGUCCUUUGUGUCACAACAACUUCAUGCCUGGAGAGGAGGCCUGGAAGGCUCACCUCAUGGGUAGGGAGGGCUGUAAACAAAACUCACGCAGGACUGCGGUGUCCCAGAGAACCCAGCCAGCACAAGGCAGGGCUGUCAGUGGAGCCAAGCUGAAGCAAGCCUGGUCGGUCGGGGCCCGAGCCAGGCCCAUGGGCAGAGGCAGCCGGAUCCCAUCCCUGGCACCCUUAGCCAGACGAUACACGCCAGGGAAGCGUUGAAACCCGUUGGAUGCGACCCAGAGGCCCUCCUACACCCAGAGGAGGAACCCAACAUCCACAAACAUCCCCACCUGCUCCCGUAUUCUCUGCUUCUAUAUUCCCACAUUUGGCACUUUUUUGAGAACACAUGAGAGGUUUCAGAUGUAAUCACUGGCUUAUGCAAUAUAUUAAACGUCAAUACAGUUUUAUAAAUCGAAGCCAUUAAUAAUGUAAUAUAUAUUUUAAGAUGACCAAAAAGGGAACACGCCUGUUUCGUCAGCUAACACAAACUGGCAUCACAGCGAGGUGCUUUACAUCUACCACCGAGUUCACACAAAGAGGAGAACACUGGCUCGGCCUGUUUUCUCAUCACGCCUCGAGCAUCAAACACCUGCAGGGCUCGUAAACAUGAGCACAGUGUUCUGUUUACUGGUGUCACCUUACAGGAUUUUCGAGGCUCCUAUUUUUCACGAAGCUGUUUUGGAGCCUCUGUCGGAGGGGAAGCGUACGGCUUAAAGUGGGAGUCCAUCGCCUUUGCACUGUACGUCUGUUAAGUUUGAGGGACUCGCAGGAGACGGAUUCACAAAAGAAUUGGUAAUUGUUAUAAAUAAAUAAAACCCUAGCAGUAGUGACAGCUGUGUCCUGACUGACGGUGUAGGUAGCGUCUCACAACUGUUUGAUCCUUUAACCGGUGACGUCCUCUGUUCAGAUCCUGUCCGUCUGCUGAAUACCCACAGCUCACGGACGCCACAUCUUUAAAGUUUAUUGCAGGCAAAGUGGCUGAGACACCCCUGAUGACCUCACUCUGACAUCAUCAGGGCAAUUUCCUCGCACUCCAUUAUCCAUCUGCUUUCACAGGCUAGUCUGGAGGCUUCUCUUUAUCAACUACUAAUAUAAAUCUAAGCAUUUUGUUUUUAGCUUCAUAUUUCUACAUAAAGAUGAAACAUGUCCAGCAUCAGUUUACACACGAUGAAUCUGCUGAAGAGCUUCUCAUUGAUUACAGUCACUACGUGUUGUCAGGAAACAAUGAGUGACACUCAGACGAACACUCGUAGAGGCGGUAACUAGAGAGGUUCAGUUACAAACAGAAGACCUGUGUCCUUGGCAACCCUCCAGAUUCUGGUGAUUCUUCAGUCAUAAAGCCAUUGUCAACCUGCGAGGAGCUUUAUCUUCGUCUUCACAGAUCUGUUUACUGAUCGCUUUUCAUUUCUCGUCUUAAGAAAGUGUGUAGAAGCAAUCAAGGAGCACUUUGCCAAAGGGAUGAUGUUUCCCUGCUGAGGUUUUAGUGCAGAAUGGACUUUAUUUAUUGCCCUACUUAAUGCCUCCUGACAAUCCGGAGUAGAAGUGAGACACAAAGCAGAGAUUUAAUCUCAGAGACCUAUUAAAAUAAUAAUAAAAGAAGAAAUGGUUCCUAGUUACAGCUGGCUUUGUGUAGCACCUGUUUUCCCUCAAGUUUAGAUUUCUGCUGAAAAUGACACCCAGACAAACUGUGAAUUAGCUGGAAAACCACACAAGCUCACAGAUUCAGAAUCAGUCAUCUCUCCGCCCCUGUUGUGCUCCACAGUGUUACGACAACGUUGAUUGUAAAAUAAGUGAAGACGGAGGACCAGUCUGUGAGCAGAUGCAUCCUAACAAUGGUGUCAGAUUGUUCCAACAUAUUCUAAUGACAACAGCUGUGGACACAUCAGACUGCAUUUCUAACGUCUGUCGAAAUUUGCUUCUGUACUGAGAACUACUGCGACAGUGGAUGUUUUAUUGUGAUUUAUGUGCAUAGCAGUCAGUAUUUUUUUGCAAUAAAUUGCUAUUUUUCUUGAAA